AUGGCGUCGUACACCGUCGUCAAGACGCCUGAGGAGCUUGAAAAGUACAGAGUACGCAUCCCAGACGACGUCUGGCCAUCGACGUCGACAAGAGCAUCUCAGCCAAGUCCAGGACAAGAUGGCUUUUUCUACAUUCCCGCAUUUGUCUCCGAGGAUGAAGAGCGGUACCUGAUCCAAAAGAUCCAAGACGCACCGCAACCAAAAUGGAAGACGCUCCAGAACCGCAGUGGGCAAUCUCUUUGCAGGCUACAAUACUGGGGAGGCCAGGUCUCCUCGCGAGGAGAGCGCAGCGUCUUGAUACCAGAGUCAUUUCCCGACUUUAUGACCAAGUUCCCGCCCCUCAUCGAACGAAUCGCUCAGACGAGCGCCUUCGCUGGGAGUGCCCACGCCUCGCCCAAUCACUGUCUCGUCAACGAGUAUCUGCCAGGUCAAGGAAUCUUACCUCACGAGGACGGUGCUGCGUACUGGCCUGCGGUGGCUACGGUCAGCGUGGCCUCGCACACUCUCCUCGACAUUUAUCGGUGGGCCACGGAGAAGCCGGAGGGCGCAGAGGGCGCAGAUGACGAUGGCUCAGCGCAAGCUAGCCAAGGUGAUGCCGCUGCUGCCAGACCAGCACGCGGCAAAGCAAGAGAACAAGAGGCUGCCUUUUCAAUCCUUCAAGAGCCGAGGAGCCUCCUCAUCACGACGGGGGCUGCGUAUAGAGACUUCCUCCACGGCAUCGCAGAACGCACAAGAGAUGAAGCCGCGCAUCUGGCCAAGGUCGUCAAUGUAGCUGAUCUGCGAGAUGUGGAUCUCAGAGCAAAGGUCGACGGCGUCAUUGCAUCCUCGCGCGACGGCGACGAGACGAGCCACGACGUCCUUGUGCGCGAAACUCGCUACUCGUUGACGUUCAGGGAUGUCGAAAAGGUCAGCAAGGGGCUCGCAGGCCUUCUCAACAAGAAGCGGUGAGGGAAAUCGCAAGCGAGUCUGUGCACGCUGCCUGAGGCCUUGAAUGCUCUUGAAUGAUUGCAGUUUCCCGCCUCAGUACCACCCUCGCCCUCUACCUCGACCCCUCCCACCUCGUCCUCCCCUGCCAUACGGCCUCCCACGCCCUCUCCCUCGUCCCCUGUUCAGACCGGGCAAAUUGGUCCUCUUGGCCGUCACCUUGAUCAGUCGGCCGCGGAAGAGCGACUCGUUGAGGACCAUGGCGUUGGCCACGAGGCUGGCGUCGGCAAACUCUACGUAUGCGUAGCUGGGCGGGGGGACGAGGGAGUAGACGCGAAGAUCAGCCUGUGUUGCAUCUCUCUUCUGCCUCAUCGCCUGUACUUACCCCUUCGGAUGCCCCGUGAACUUGUCGCAGAGGAUCGUGACGCGAUUGAUGUUGCCGCAACUAUGGAAGUGCUGCUGGAUUUCCUCUGGCGUAGCUCCGUAGUCG